UUGCCUUUCAGUCCUUCGAUCUCAGAGGCGCUUGCACUCCGGGGUUGCAGUUCCGUACUCCGACCGCCGAGGGGCGCCGCUACUGUCCCUGCGCAGCGCCGCCCUGCGGCCGGAGGACUGACCGACGUCCGGGAGAAGACAGUGGCAAUGCAGGCCGACUUCUGCCGCUCAGUCGCCGCACUUGUCUGAUGGCGUCUUUCCGGGCUCUCGGCGUUUUACGCCGGCACCUUUACUCGCAUUUCAGCGGCAGGAGCUUCGGCUUGUGCAGCAGGAGAGGAAACCAGAGCCGAGCCGGAACCAGGUCCGGGGUUGGGCCUGGUCCCCAAGCGGGAGCAGCGACCUCGGGUACGGGGCAACCGGGGGUGACCGCACUGGACAGGGCGGAUGCUUGGAUGCUGAGGAAGGCUCAUGAAGCAGGCUUCCUGUCCUGGUUUCGGAAUGGACUGCUGGCCACUGGAGUUGGAGUGAUGGCCUACAUGCAGAGUGACGUGGCGAGGGAGGCCGCUUAUGGAUUCUUCAUCCUCGGCGGAGUGUGCAUCUCCUACGGGACCGGGUCCUACAUCACCAACCUCUUCCUGCUGAGGCGGAUCAUGAUGCUGACCAUGCCCACGGCCGUGCUGAGCGGGUUGGUGGUGGGCACCGUGGCGCUCUUCUGGGUCUGCGCCCUCUCCCUUUACAUCGGCCGGCUGGAGGUGGAGUUCGUUUACGAUGAGGAGUGCGAGGACUGCCAGCCGAAAGAGGACAGUGGCAAAUCGGACAAGUAGCGGGUGUGGCGCGGGGAGUCGAGUGGAGCGGAGUGGACAUUGGAAGCGUGAACUUGGACCUGUCGAAACCUGUAUAUAACGCACGGUGCCGCGGCUGACGGCGCGCCGAAAGUGCCUCAUUAUCCAUAAAGAGGUGAAAGAGGCUAUAGAUCUGUCUAUUUAAUUGGGGGAUGUGGGAGGAGUUAGGUGGUUAAAAAGGAAAAUUAUUGAUUUUAA